UCUCAGGCCGCAGGUUCCCAGGUAAUAAAUCUAAGAUGUCAAUUUGUGACAGCUCCAUAGAAAGGUUUAAAUUGAGGCCCAGUGGAAGAACUUCUCUUCUCAGGACGCCUCUUUCCUACACAGGACCAGCCCUCGCAGGAUUUUUCUGCCUCAUCAUGACAGUUUCCUACAGUCUUGAAGUGGCCAACGUGAGGUUUGGAGGCUUCUCCAGGCUCCUGUUCAGGUGGAAGGGAAGCAUCUACCGGCUGAUAUACAAGGAGUUCCUGGUGUUUUGUGGAGCUUAUGUCCUCUUCAGUGUGUUUUACAGGCUUCUCCUCUCGCCCAGGCAGCAGGAUCUGUUUGAGCGCGUGGCCCUUUACUGCGACCAGUUCACCAACACUAACUUCAUCCCUGUUUUGUUUGUGCUCGGUUUCUACGUGACCCUGGCCUUUAACCGGUGGUGGGGUCAGUACACCAGCUUCCCACUGCCUGACAACCUGAUGAUGGCGGUGUCCGGGAACGUCCACGGUCGGGAUGAGAGGGGUCGUCUGCUGCGACGGACCCUCAUGAGAUACGCCAACUUAUCUUCUGUGCUUAUUCUCCGCUCCAUUAGCACUAGAGUUCUCAAGCGGUUCCCAACUUUGGAGCACGUCGUGGAGGCUGGAUUCAUGACCACCCAUGAGCUGAAAAAGUUUGAGUCAUUGCACUCUGAUUUCAACAAGUACUGGAUGCCUCUGACGUGGUUUUCAAACCUGGCGUCAAACGCCAGAGAGGAGGGACGAGUGAGGGACGACAUCGCCCUGAGGCUGCUGAUGGAUGAGCUUAAUAACUACAGAGCCAAGUGCAGCCUGUUGUUCCACUACGACUGGAUCAGUAUCCCUCUGGUCUACACUCAGGUGGUAACUAUUGCAGUUUACUCGUUUUUUGCCUUCUGCGUGAUCGGCCGACAGUUCCUGAACCCUGAGAAAGGCUACAAGGACCACAAGCUGGACAUGUACGUCCCUGUCUUCACCCUGCUGCAAUUCUUCUUCUACACCGGUUGGCUCAAGGUGGGAGAACUGAUCAUCAACCCAUUUGGUGAAGACGACGAUGAUUUUGAAACCAACCAGCUGAUUGACCGAAACAUUCAGGUGUCCAUGCUGGCUGUGGACGACAUGUACCAGAACCUGGCUCCGAUUGUGAAGGACAAACACUGGACGCAGAGACACUUCUCCAUCCCCUACACUGUGUCCACGGCAGCUGAGAGUCUCAGACCAGCGUUCAAAGGAUCCACAUACGACAUGAGGAUGAGUGUUGAAGAUCUUGAGAUUCACCAUCCUGCAGACACACCUGUAGGCAAACAGUAUUUACCCACUCAGAGUUUUCUGGGAGACGGGCUCAACGGUCUCCUGCAGAGGGGUAAAGGCAUGUUGCUUGGCAGGAGCCUCCCUUCUCUGGUGGACGUCUCGUCACACCCAGACCAGGAAGACAAAGCUGUUGAGGUUGGCAUCAAUGCAGCAUGUCACAAAGAACAAGAAGAGGCACUGAUUAAUGUUACAGUGGAGCAUUACAAGUGAAAGUUAUUAUAAAGAAAAUGUUAAAUAAUCUGUGAAAUAAAAUGUUUCUCUCCAAAAUAUCAAAUUAAAAGUUUUCAUAUAAAUGAACAAAUAAAGUUUCAGA